GUGCGAAGCAUGGGAGUACCCGUCGUAGACCAGCUGGCCUGGGCCUACCAGAGCAUCUUGGCCAACACCGACCCCCGGGUGGCCAAGUGGCCGCUCAUGGGCAGCCCGCUGCCCGUGCUCUCACUGAUCGCGGGAUACGUGUACUUCGUCAAGAUAUGGGGCCCCGGAUGGAUGCGCGACCGAAAGCCCUUCCAGCUGCGCCUGCCUAUCCUGGCUUACAAUGUGGGCAUGGUGGCCGCCAACGGCUUCUUCUUCAUCUACGGCGGCCGGAGAACGUACCUGGGCGGAGGAUACUCGUGGUUCUGCCAGUCCGUGGACUACUCCUCCAAGCCGGAACCCAUGCUCAUCAUCACCCUCGGUUGGUGGUACAUGAUGCUCAAGCUGGCUGAGCUCAUGGACACUGUCUUCUUUGUGCUCACCAAGAAGAACAGUCAUAUCUCCGCUCUGCACGUCAUCCAUCACUCCCUCGUGGCCUGGUCCGUCUGGAUGGGCGUUAACUUCGGCGCCACGGGCCAGAACGCUUUCUUCCCCUUCGUCAACUGCUUCAUCCACUGCGUCAUGUACACGUACUACGCGCUUGCUGCCCUCGGCCCGCGGCUCAGGCCGUACCUCUGGUGGAAGCGGUACCUGACCCAGAUGCAGAUGAGCCAGUUCAUCUCGCUCAUCGUGCACGGCUCCAUCCCGGUGUUCUACGACUGCGGGUUCCCGCCGUACUUCGGCUACCUGACCAUCUUCGAGGCGAGCCUCUUCUUCGCACUCUUCUUCAACUUCUACGUCAAGACGUAUCGUCGGCAAGAGGCGGAGCGCUCGCGCUGAUCAUCUCCCCGUCACGGCUGUGUAAAUAGUUCCCCUGUACAUAGACGCCUCAAAUAAAGCAAGGUCUUUUGGCCUCACUCUCAA